AUGCAUACAUUUAACAAUCUGACGUUUCAAUGUGCUCAGACAACUUGUUUACCAUUUGACAAUCUCAUAACAGCAAAAAUUUACCUAUGUCGAAUUGCUUGUUUAGAAGAAGUCCGAUGCGAAGCAGCUACUUACUAUCAACUAACCUCAAUUUGUUCAUUAUUUAAUGGUACAAUUGAUCCAAAUAGAAAUAUGUCAUAUGCUGUGAAUGUGGUGACGAUGAUUAACAUUCCUGGAACACGGUUUCCAUUGAAGCCAACUACGGUAUCGUCAACAACAUCGACAUCAUCAACAACAACUGCACCACCGGGUGAGUAUUCUUAUAAAACGAUUUACAUCUUUUUGUGUACUCAAAAAGUGAGUACACUACUAAAAUCGGUCGGUGUGGCCGUCGGGUCAUCCGUCCGUCCGUUUAUCCGAUAA